AUGGCUCCUCUCACCACCGAGCUCUCCACCCCCAUCACUGGUACCUACCAGCAGCCCAUCGGCCUCUUCAUCGACGGCAAGUGGGUUGAGGGUGUCGACAAGAAGAAGUUCGAGGUCAUCAACCCCUCCACCGAGGAGGUCAUCACCUCCAUCUGCGAGGGUACCGAGAAGGAUAUCGACCUGGCCGUCGCCGCUGCCCGCAAGGCUUUCGAGGGCGAGUGGAAGAAGACCACUCCCCAGCAGCGAGGCAACCUCCUCCUCAAGCUCGCCGACCUCGCCGAGAAGAACCUCGACCUCCUCGCUGCCGUCGAGUCCCUCGACAACGGCAAGUCCAUCACCAACGCCCGUGGCGAUGUCGGUGCCGUCGUCGGCUGCCUCCGCUACUAUGGUGGUUGGGCCGACAAGAUCGAGGGCAAGACCAUCGACAUUUCCCCCGACAUGUUCCACUACACCCGCUCUGAGCCCAUUGGUGUCUGCGGUCAGAUCAUCCCCUGGAACUUCCCUCUUCUCAUGCUGGCAUGGAAGAUUGGCCCUGCCCUGGCCACCGGUAACACCAUUGUCAUGAAGACUGCUGAGCAGACUCCUCUCUCCGCCCUUGUUUUCACCCAGUUCGUUGAGCAGGCUGGUUUCCCUGCUGGUGUCUUCAACCUCGUCUCCGGCUACGGCAAGACCGCUGGUGCCGCCCUCUCCGCCCACAUGGACGUUGACAAGAUUGCCUUCACUGGCUCCACUGUCAUCGGCCGAACCAUCAUGAAGGCUGCUGCUUCUUCCAACCUCAAGAAGGUCACCCUCGAGCUUGGUGGCAAGUCCCCCAACAUCGUCUUCGACGACGCCGACAUCGAGGAGGCCAUCAACUGGGUCAACUUCGGUAUCUACUACAACCACGGACAGUGCUGCUGCGCCGGUACCCGUAUCUACGUCCAGGAGUCCAUCUACGACAAGUUCCUUGCCGCCUUCAAGAAGCGAGCUGAGGAGAACAAGGUCGGCGACCCCUUCAACGAGGAGACCUUCCAGGGCCCCCAGGUUUCUCAGCUCCAGUACGACCGUAUCAUGAGCUACAUCCAGUCCGGUAAGGACGAGGGUGCUACCGUCCUCACCGGUGGUGAGCGCCUCGGCGACAAGGGUUACUUCAUCAAGCCCACCAUCUUCUCCGAUGUCCGCCCCGACAUGAAGAUCAUGCAGGAGGAGAUCUUCGGCCCCGUCUGCGCCAUCUCCAAGUUCAAGGAUGAGGAGGAGGUCAUCAACCUGGCCCACGACACCGCCUACGGUCUGGCUGCCGCCGUCCACACCAAGAACAUCAACACCGCCAUCCGCGUGUCCAACAGCCUCAAGGCCGGCACCGUUUGGGUCAACUGCUACAACAUGCUUCACCACCAGCUCCCCUUCGGCGGUUACAAGGAGUCUGGUAUUGGUCGCGAGCUUGGCGAGGCUGCUCUGGCCAACUACACCCAGAACAAGUCUGUCGGCAUCAAGCUGUACUAA